AUGGAAGUCAUCCAACAGCCAGUUCUCCACGUCGAAGCUCGCGUCAAGAAUACAGGAGAUGGAAUGAUAGUUCGUACGGAUUUAAUCAGGAACGACAUUACGCAGUGGCUCAUCGACAACUUUGUGGUCCUUUCACUGGGACAAGAGAUCUAUUCGUUUGACGGUCUCAAGGAACCGUACGCGCAGGCCUUGGAUUCCAUCCUCGUCACGGAGUGCAGUGGGGGAGAGAUUGAAUCAGGAGCCUAUCGUCUUCAGCACGUCGAGCUUGACGUUCAAGCAUACCAACUCCGUCCACAAUUCGAGCACGAAAGCGCGCAGCAGACCCAGCAACUCGAGGAACCGGCCGACGCGAACGACGACGCGCCGAAAGCGAAGAUACUGGCAUUACCGAGCAAGGAGCUAGACGGGCUGUGGGAAUCGCUUCAGUUUGACCAGCCGGUUCAAUCUACUCUUCUCAACGCCAUAACUCGCAUGGUCUCGUUCUCUACCCGCAAGCCCAACAAAUGGUCUAUCAACUGGAACAGAUUGAUUCUUCUCUGGGGUCCUCCAGGGACAGGAAAAACAAGCCUGUGUCGCGGGCUUGCUCAGAAACUUGCUAUACGUUUGGGAAAGCAUUAUCCACAGAGUAAGUUGGUCGAAAUCAAUGCGCACUCACUGGGCAGCAAGUUCUUUGGCGAGAGCGGCAAAUUGGUGGGCAAACUGUUCGAGAACAUUGCGUCGUCGCUCGAAGAGGAAGAAGACACAUUCUUCUGUGUUUUCAUAGAUGAAAUCGAGACCAUUGCUGCUCGUCGUGAGCGGGCUUUGGGUGGCAAUGAGCCGUUUGAUGCCAUUCGCGCGGUGAACGCUCUGCUCACAGGGUUGGAUAAGCUGCGCAACUAUUCUAACGUCGUCACCAUUUGCACAAGCAAUUUGGUAACCGCUCUGGACGAAGCCUUUCUCGACCGCGUCGAUAUCAAACAAUUCAUGCCACACCUAUCCAACCGAGCCAUCUAUGGAAUAUACAAGGAUUGUCUAGAGGAGCUGAACCGUUGCGGGAUUAUCCAAGGGGUGUCGUUCGAUGUCGUCCAGGCCAACCCGGAGGAUCCAGAAACCGCGCUGCAGUAUGUGGAAGAGCCUAUGGAGCAUCUGACGUUACCAAAGUUUGAUGAGAUGCUGCUCAAUUACCAGGUGUUUCCGGACGCAAUUCCCAAGCAGCUCGCAGAUGCCGCCACUGCCAGUGUAGGACUCAGUGGUCGCACUCUUCGACGGCUCCCUGUCUUAUCGUUGGUACUUCAUAGCAACAGUGCUCGAUGUGCUCAUGUUCGAGAGGCAUUGGCGACUCUGCGGAUGGGAAUAGCGUCGGAGAUUCAGGCCAAGGCGGGAGGUCGUCGUGCCUCUUCCUCGACCGCUGGUGCCGAAUCCUCUCCCUUCUACCUCACUCUCACUGCCUCCGUCGCAACCGCUGCCACGAUCGGAUCUGCCGCGUAUCUCUAUGGUCAAGAAGCUUUUGCUAUGACCCCUGCUGAGGAGGGUUUGCACGCUACUCAGUACCCUUGGGAACAUGAGCGCUGGAUGAAGACUUUCGACCACCAGGCUCUCCGCCGUGGUUUCAUGGUCUACCGUGAAGUUUGCUCCAGCUGCCACUCCCUGACCCGUGUGCCCUGGCGUUCCUUCGUCGGUGUUAUGCACACCGUCGACGAGAUGAAGGCUUUCGCCGAAGAGCACGAGUACGACACCGAGCCCAACGACCAGGGUGAGAUCGAGAAGCGCCCCGGAAAGCUGUCCGACUACAUCCCUCCUCCCUACAAGAACGAGGAGGCCGCCCGUGCUACCAACGGUGGUGCCCUGCCCCCGGAUCUCAGUUUGAUCACCAAGGGCCGUCACGGUGGCUGCAACUACAUCUUCAGUCUUCUGACUGGUUACCCCGAUGAACCCCCGGCUGGUGCUUCCGUCCAGGAGGGCAUGAACUUCAACCCCUACUUCCCCGGAACUGCUAUUGGUAUGGCUCGUGUCCUCUUUGACGGCCUUGUUGAGUACGAGGACGGUACCCCCGCCACCACCUCCCAGAUGGCUAAGGACGUUGUCGAGUUCCUGAACUGGGCUGCUGAGCCCGAGAUGGAUGACCGUAAGAAGAUGGGUAUCAAGUCCAUCACCCUUCUGACCGGUCUCUUCGCUCUGAGCGUGUGGGUCAAGCGCUACAAGUGGGCCCCGGUCAAGACAAGAAAGAUUAUGUACAGCCCCCCUGUUCCCCGUCGCUAA